AUCACGCCUUAGGACAAACUCUUCCGAAAAAGGAAAACACAGCGCCAGUAAAGACUGCACGGUCGUGCUGCAUUCGCAUUUUUCUUAUACAUAACAGUUGCACAGAGAGCAAAUACUGGUGUUUAUUUUACUGGGUUAUCUACAACUUUAGACACUGCUGUACACAAGCAAAAAAUAACACGCAACAAUUAAUUUCUUCAAUACAACAGCGAAGAUUGUCAAUCUGAAAUAGGUGCCUUUGGGGCUGCAUUUAAAACAUGACUGCCCAAGAAACGGUGAAUAUGGUAGAUGUGCUAGACAGCGUUGCUGAUGCGAUAUCCUGCCUAGCAACAUUUGCCAAUAGUUCUGCUAUUGAUACAGCAGGUAAGGAGGUCCAUCUCGAGACCGGAAUAAAGGCCAUCAACGAAGCCAUCACCCAUUUGGUUGAAGAAGCUCGGAAGACAAUCACAUCAUGGAAAAGACUGGGCUUUGAAUAUAUAUCUGAUGACAUGAACAAAUGCUGUGAUGAACUUGUAAACAAUUUCGAGAACAGCAUCAACUUGCUGAAAGCUAUUCUGAAGUGUCCAGAUCCCUACGAAACCAAAAAAGAUUUUUUUGAGUCUGAAAAGAGCGUCAUAAGAAGUGUGAUUAACCUACUGCGCUUCAACGACUUGUACGAGGUGGCAUCUAUGCUGAGAACGAUCAAGGUCGUGAAAUUUAUGCUAGGUGUCAGAAAGGAAUUAGAAACGUUUGUGGUCAAGGACUUUAUUGUUGCAACGACGUAUUUGUCUAGACAGCUGAUCGCCCGCACACUGCGAUGCCAUGACUCGAACGUGCGAAAUGCGUUGACCAGCUGCGCUGAAAAUGUGACCAAAUACGCUGAAUCUUUCGAGAAAUGCUAUGAGGAAUUCUCUUUGUACAAAUCCGAUCAGAAUUAUGUGAAUGCGUACGAUUCGGUGUCUAAAAAGCUGGAACAUUGGAUUGAGGUCGCUACGAAGCAGACGCGAUUGUCGUUGUUGUCGCCGUUUGAUUUGUCCUCUCUCGAGAUGAACCCUAUCAUAGGUAAGGAUGUUAUCGAUAUGGACGAUAAUAUAGAAUCUCAGUUAAGUAAUUUAGUUGUAUCAUAUAACCACCCGGUUAUCGAGCUGGGACGCGAUAUUUGGUCCGUUCAGCACGGUCAAGAGGUACAGGAGGUGAAAAGCGAUGAUACAGGUGAUCGAAUUAGGACAAGCGGAAGUUUCUCUGACCCGUCUACAGACCAAUCUAAGGAAGAAGAGGGCUACGAUGCUGACUAUCUGAAUUCGCUGGAAGGUAUCACCGAUAUUUCCAAAGAUGAAGAUCUAGAUAUGAGCGGAUUGUUAGACAGAAUCCUAGACUCUAUCAACAAGAUUGGAGAAAUCGGUGAAGGUGAUACCGAUAACUUAUCUGACGAGGAUUAUAGAAAGAAACAGAAACGUCUCGAAGAUUUGCUAUCCCAAAUCAAGAGAGAUUUUGAUUCAAUCGGUUCUGAUUUACCUGAUAAGCUAGCUUCUGCCGAUCUGGGGGGGAAAGAUUGGAUGAAAACGGAGCUUGAUGAAAUUAUGAGCGAUGCAAAAAAGAAUAUUUUGUCUUUGAAGAAAAGAUCAAUCUCUAAAUCAAAUAAUGAUGCGGCAAAGUCUAUCCCUGAUCUGACGAAUAAAUUGAGAGAUGGCUUUAAGAAGAUGAUAGAACUAUUGAACCCGUACAACACCGAGCAGUUCUUAGAUAAUGGAAAGGAUCUAGAUUCACUGUUAGACAGGCUAGAUCGAAGUCUGAUGCUGCUGCAAUCGGAGCCCUCUUCUAUGCUUACAGCGCGUCAGAACUACUCGGACAUAGAACGUCGAGCUUGGUUUCAAAUUGUAUGUGCCAAGAAGCAGGCCGGCGAUAACGGUCGUGCCAAUCAGCUAUUAGGGAAAGCUUCUGAGUUACAGCGAGGAAUACAAGAACUGACAAAGGCGAUGAAAUCUCUCGACGAAGGAGGUGCGGCAAAGAAAGACGAGCGUAUUCAGGCGGUAAGGGAUGCCAUUGAUUUGUUGAAGCGGGCGAACAUGGAUUUGUUUGAUCAUUCUGCCAUGAAUCCUAGAGUUGAAUUAGCAGAUUUGUGUGAGAGACAAGAGAAGCUAUUAGAUCUCUUACGAGAUGGAGUCAUGGCCAAUGACAAGAAAGGUCAUGCUAAGAAUUUGAAUAGUUUGAAAUCGAUUGCGGACUCUAAGAUACAUCUCAUCAAUAUUUUAGCUAGAAAAGAAAGGAAAGGCAACAAUUUGUACAAAGAAUUAACUGAUAUUGCUUCUGAGCUGUCAAAACGUAUUAAUGGUGAACUUAUUCCCGCACUGUCGUCUAAAUUUACAAACCGUGAUGCGAGCGAUUCGCGCAAUCUACCGGCGUACAAGCAACUUCGGGAGGUGGACAAGCGGCUAUUGAAGGCAGCUUCAGACGCUUCGCUCGAAAGCAAAAUGAUCAAAAAUUUGACAGGAAUGACUGAAUGCAUGCAGAACUUGUCUAAGGCGCAACGCGCCGGCGACAAGAAGGCCAUAAAUUCAUGUAUCGAGCAGUUGAAAGCCUACCUCGAUGAGUUCAAGCAGCUGAGAGAAGAGAUCCGAGGAGAUCCGUACCAGUCCGAGCUGUCAAAAAAGCUGUACCAAGAUAAUCGAGUUAUAGAACUGUGUAAUCAAAUUGUGUCUGAGAAAGGAAAACACAAGCACACAGGUGACGAGCUUUGCAAAGUGGCGAACGAGAUGAUGCCGUUGUUAGAUGAGCUGCGAAGCGAGCGUUAUAAGCAUUUCAGCCAGAAAAAAGCGUUAGAGAAGGCACGAGCCAAGAAGCCCGAUGUCAGGGGAAGAAUAACUGCUAAACAGACGCCUCAAGAAACUUUGGAGACAUGUUCUUAUUUGAUGGAGAUUUAUCCAUCUGAUUCGCCUAUGUUCCGAUCUGUUCAGUCAUCGAAAGAGGCGUUGGAGGUUUUGAUAUCGAGCAUUGGUGCUGUGCAAGGAUCCAAUCCCAACAGUCUAUUUUCGAUCAUGCAGAACGUGUCGAAGGCGUCGACCACUUAUAUGUCGAAAAUACGAGAGUACAUAGAAGAGUUUCCGCCCUUCAUGCGGCAAGAUUUGCUUGAUAAUCUCGGGGAUAUGCGAGAUAACAUGGUCCAACUGAAAAUUUUGGCUGCAGUGGGAUCUUGUUCUAGCGAGGAAGAUAUCAGUGACACGUCAAAAGCGUCGAUUGGUCUUUGUCUUCAGAAGAUGUGUGCGAGGAUUCAGGAUGUUUUGAGGAAUAUUCAAAUCACGAAUAUUAAGCUUAAGAACAUUCCCGAGUGAGGUGACACAUGAGCACACGGGGCUUUGGCUCGGAGUCUCAGGGCUUGGAAAAGUUGCACAUUGGCGCACGAUUGCGUGCGAUGCAGCGCAGUGAAAAACCGCUAUACAAGAGGGCGUAGAGAUGAAAAUAAAUAAAAAUAGAUUACGUUUUUA